GUACCCAGCAAGGAACAAUAUCGCACUAUUUGUAUGAGAUUCAUUCGUAUUACAUCACCCGUGUGAUCGCGACAGUGCAAAAGUACAAUGUCCAAAAAGGUGCUGAUUGUUUUGCCGUCGAAAGAUUUCGACGUAACCGAGACCUCUGUUCCAUGGCGAAAAUUAACUGACGCCAAGGUGCAAGUGGAUUUUUGUACUGAGAACGGAAUUCCAGGAGAAUGUGACCCUUUGCUAUUGGAUGGUGUCAUUUUCGGAAAGUUGGGAGCUGCUCCUGAAGCCAAAGCUUUUUACCACGAAAUGAUCAAAACAAAAGAGUUUCAAAAUCCUACAAAGUACAAAGACACCGAAUUCAUGGACUAUGAUUGCGUCCUAUUCCCAGGAGGACAUGCACCAGGAAUGAAGCAGUAUUUGGAAAAUGAAACCAUCCGAGACAAAAUUGUCCCAUAUUUUAAGAAUAAAUCGAAAGUGGUUGCUGCAGUGUGUCACGGAACAAUUGUGCUGAGCAGAACAAUUGAUAAUGCAACUGGAAAAUCAAUUUUAUACAACAGAAAGUCUACUUGCCUCCCAAAGUAUAUGGAAAGAAAUGCGUAUUAUUUGACGGCCUGGAAGCUUGGAAAGUACUAUCGGACUUAUGACGACUAUGUCGAAGACGAAGUGCGUCAAGCAAUGCAAUUUCCAGAUAAACAGUUUCAGCCUGGAACUUGUAACCAAUUUGGCAGCUUGGACGAACGCUAUGCAUUUGUUUGCGUUGACGAGAAUUAUAUCUCCGCUCGAUGGCCAGGAGAUUGUUACAAACUAGCAGACACCAUUUUAGAAAUGAUUAAUCCUGUAAACCAUUAACAAAUAAUUUAUUGGGACGUCUAAUCAAGUAAUGUGGUACAAAUUAAAUAUGUAUUACGAAUAGAUUAGAAGCAAACCACUUUAAGAUAUUUAAAUAAACAUUGAGGUAAUGCGAGUACGUGUGUAGUUAUUGGCUUCAUGAAAGAGUUGUAUACAUAGUCGUCGCAGAAAAUCCAAAUGAAUUUUGUGUCUUUUAUGUCAAGUCUUUAUGAAUUUUGUGCAUGAAUUUUACGUUGUAAAACAUGAGCCGCUCUUAGAAAUAAAUCAAAAUCUGAAUGUGAAUAAAUUCGACAAAAUGGAA